AUGUUAUCUAGAGGAGUGGCAAUUGAGGAUCCAUCUGCUCUAUACGGUCUUCGCCUUCUGAUAGAGGACUACCCUUAUGCUUCUGAUGGACUAGAGAUAUGGGCUGCUAUCAAGUCAUGGGUUGAAGAAUAUGUGAAUUUCUACUACAAGUCAGAUGGAGCUAUUGCACAAGAUGUUGAACUCCAAGCAUUCUGGAAAGAACUUGUAGAGGUGGGUCAUGGUUACUUGAAGAAUGCUACAUGGUGGUUUAAGAUGCAAACUCGUAAGGAGUUGAUUGAAGCAUGCACCAUCCUUAUAUGGAUUGCUUCAGCACUUCAUGCAGCUGUUAAUUUUGGACAGUAUCCGUAUGGAGGAUACAUCCUUAACCGACCAACCAAGAGUAGGAGAUUCAUGCCUGAGAAAGGAACCCCUGAGUAUGAUGAACUUGCUAAGAACUACGAGAAGGCGUAUUUAAGGACAAUCACACCAAAGAAUGAUACCCUUACUGACUUGACCAUUAUAGAAAUCCUGUCAAGGCAUGCUUCUGAUGAGCAAUACCUUGGAGAGAGAAUUGAAGGUGAUGUUUGGACUUCUGAUUCACAGCCAAAAGAGGCUUUCAAGAGGUUUGGAAAGAAGUUGGCUGAAAUUGAACAAAAACUCACCCAAAGGAACAAAGAUGAGAAGCUAAGAAACAGGCAUGGGCCUGUGGAAAUGCCUUACACUUUACUUUAUUGUUCUAGUGAGGAAGGAUUGACUUGCCGAGGAAUUCCCAAUAGUAUCUCUAUCUAA